AUGAUGAUUACCCGUGUCUCCAAAGGAUCUUCCCUACUAUCUUCGUCAACUCGUUCACAAAAACGAACAUUUAUUUUCACCACGCUAGCAACCACUGUAUUUGGAUCUGUUCUUUGGUCAAAAAACAAUGUCCUUGCAUCAAUGAUGGAAAAUGGCGAAUUGCAUUACGAUGACCCGAAUAAGAAGUUCAAUUUAGAUAAAAGACCAAUGUUUCAACGUCCAGAUCCAGAGUAUCCUGGUCACACGCCAUUGUACAAUUUUGAAAAAGCAUUGAUGUUUCUUGGAUCGUCAAUGGGAUCAUUUUUCCACCCGGAAAGAAACGAGUUUAUUGUUGCUCUUGGUGAAUCAACUGCCAUUGAACCAGUGUUGAAAAGUUUACAACGAACUAUGUUGAGUGAUAAGACGGGAAGAGAAAUUCUUCGUGAAAGACCACGCAUUACUUCAACAUCGUUAGAUCUAGACCAUUUACGCUCUUUACCGGACAACACAAUCGGAAAGCAGUACAUUAUAUGGUUGGAUCGUGAGGGUGUUAGUCCAGAUACAAGAGUGCCGGUUAAGUACAUUGACAAUGAGGAGCUUGCUUACAUUUUCCAACGUUAUCGCGAAUGCCAUGAUUUCUACCAUGCAAUUACUGGAUUACCAAUCAUUAUUGAAGGUGAGAUUUCAGUCAAGGUUCUUGAGUUUCUCAAUAUUGGCAUCCCAAUGAGUGGGUUAGGUGCAUUAUUUGCACCUUUGAGAUUGAAGCCAAGUCAGCGCAGGAGAUUGAGAGAGAUUUAUUAUCCAUGGGCAAUGCAAAGUGGAUUGUUUUCAAAACCUUUGAUUAAUGUGUAUUGGGAGAAGAUCUUGGAGAAGGAUAUCAAUGAGUUUAGAAAAGAAAUGGGUAUUGAACCUCCUCCAGAUUUGAGAAAUUUGAGAAAAGAAUUCUUUGCAAUGAAGCGGAAAGAGAAAGAGAUGAAACAACAAGCAUUGAAAUGA